AUGACUCAAGAUAUAUCUGAAAAAAUUGAAGUGAUAUCGAUAAAUGACUCACAGCCAGAGGAUUCAAGCCCAGUAGUUCCACAUGAACGUCAAGUCGUAGAUUGUGUGAUUGAAAUUUGGAAGGAAGAUCCAUCGACAGAGUCAUUGGGAAUGAGUAAAUUGCAUGCCUUAGUCAAACAAAAACAUCCUAAUUGGUCUAUUUCUGAAAAACGGGUUAGAAGUUUGUUGAAACAAUUUGGAUUAGCUUUUAACAAUCAAGAGCAGUUUACAUACGCGAAAGAGAUUACGUCUGUCAUGACUCCUGAUAUCGAAUUACCUGCAAAUGUCCAUAUUAUCAUGACCUCAAAACGAGGAAAAGGUUUAUAUGCUAAAAGAGAUAUCGCAAAAGGUGAUUUGAUUUGGUCUGAAGAACCACUUUUUUUCAUUCCACCCUUGGCAAAUGUGAACUUGAUGAAAACUGCUUCUGCAUGUACUUAUUGUGGGAAAUUGUUGCAACGAACUGAAUCUGCUACAGUUUUAAAAGGUUUGGACUGUAAUGUCUGUUCCGAAGUAUGGUGUUCUAUCAAAUGUAAACAUCUAGACGGUAAUUUGCAUUCCUUGUUGAAGCACAAUCUAUAUAAUCCUGGCUCUAAAAAGCACAAACUCAUUGACGCUGAAGCAUUCUUGGAAUUACAAGACUAUUGUUUAGAAGAACAAUGGAAUGCACUUUACGCAAUUACAUUGAUAUACGCUAAUUGCAUUACCGACAAACUGGGUGUUAAGCAAAAACAGUUUGAUGCUAUGGCUAGAGUCUCACAAGAUGUUCGAUACAAGGCAUUAAACUCUUCUGCUGGUACUUUUGAUAGCUUGAACGGUGGUGCCUUGUUUGUGCAAGAACAACAAGAGCACUUGUGGAAAAUAGGGUAUGAGAAAUUCCUUAGAGUAUUUCCUAAAAAACCAGUUGAAUACCGUGAGUUUUUAUUCAUGAUGGGAACUUAUAACAUCAACAAUUUAGACUCAAAUGUGUUUUUAACCCAAUCUCAUUUAAAUCACAAUUGUGCUUCAAAUACUUCUGUGGAAACUGAGCUUAACCGUACUGCAGGGUUGAAAGUCAUUGCUGGUAGAGAUAUCAAAAGUGGCGAGGAAUUGACUACCACCUAUGUCAAUCCUAGCCAUACUGUUCACCAAAGACAAAGAGAGUUGCGUGUUAAUUGGGGUUUUAUUUGUGCUUGUGCUAAAUGUAAAGACGAUUUGAAACAAAAUGAACGUCGUAAAUCGUCCCAUAAUCAGCAACAAAAUGCUAACAAUAUUAGAGACAUGUUGAAAGAAACAAAAGAUGCCGUAGGUGAAGAAGGAAUUGAGUUGGAAAUACCGACUGAGUUUAACGGAGAAAGAAGAAAAUCAGUUAGGUUUGACGAGAAAGUAGUUGCAGUAAAGGAAUAG